UUUCGUCUCCCACUCUCGGUGUCUCUCCAUUUCAAAUUUCGUAUUAGGGUUUUAGAACUUUUGAAUUUAAAUUUAAAAUUUAACGAUGUCGUUGAGGCCGAGCGAGAGGACGGAGGUCCGCCGGAACCGCUACAAGGUGGCGGUGGAUGCGGAUGAGGGACGCCGGAGGAGAGAGGACAACAUGGUGGAGAUCCGCAAGAACAAGAGAGAAGAAAGCUUGCAGAAGAAGCGACGUGAAGGCCUUCAGAACCAGCAACUGCCAGCUUCUGUUCACGCUUCAACUGUGGAGAAAAAGUUGGAAAAUCUACCAGCUAUGAUAGCUGGUGUUUGGACAAAUGAUGGUAAUCUACAGCUUGAGGCAACAACUCAGUUCAGGAAAUUGCUGUCAAUUGAACGGAGCCCUCCUAUUGAGGAGGUUAUACAAGCCGGUGUUGUUCCUCGUUUUGUUGAGUUUCUUGUCAGGGAGGACUUUCCGCAACUCCAGUUUGAAGCUGCUUGGGCUCUUACAAACAUUGCUUCUGGAACAUCUGAGAACACGAAGGUGGUUAUUGAUCAUGGGGCUGUCCCAAUAUUUGUAAAACUUCUUGCUUCUCCUAGUGAUGAUGUUCGCGAGCAGGCUGUGUGGGCGCUGGGUAAUGUAGCUGGUGACUCUCCUAGAUGCCGUGAUCUUGUUCUUGGCCAUGGAGCUUUGCAGCCUCUAUUGGCACAAUUGAAUGAAAGUGCAAAGCUUUCCAUGCUCAGAAAUGCUACUUGGACUCUUUCAAAUUUUUGUCGAGGCAAGCCUCAGCCACCGUUUGAUCAGGUUAAGCCUGCACUCCCAGCUCUUGCACGUCUUAUUUAUUCGAAUGAUGAGGAAGUUUUGACUGAUGCAUGCUGGGCACUCUCAUAUCUUUCUGAUGGUACAAAUGACAAAAUCCAAGCUGUUAUUGAAGCGGGUGUGUGUCCUCGUCUGGUUGAAUUUCUCAUGCAUCCUUCUCCCUCUGUGCUUAUACCUGCUCUUCGAACUGUUGGUAAUAUAGUCACUGGGGAUGAUAUGCAAACUCAGUGCAUUAUCAGCCAUCAAGCAUUGCCUUGCCUUUUAAAUCUUUUGAGUAAUAAUUAUAAAAAGAGCGUCAAGAAGGAAGCUUGUUGGACUAUCUCAAAUAUCACGGCUGGCAACAAAGAGCAAAUUCAGGCUGUGAUUGAUGCUAACAUCAUCGGGCCUCUUGUUUAUCUGCUUCAAAAUGCUGAGUUUGAGAUUAAGAAAGAGGCUGCCUGGGCAAUCUCAAAUGCUACAUCUGGUGGUACUCGUGAUCAAAUCAAGUACCUUGUGAAUGAAGGUUGUAUCAAGCCCUUGUGUGAUCUCCUCACUUGUCCUGAUCCCCGAAUUGUCACGGUCUGUUUGGAAGGCCUUGAAAAUAUCUUGAAGGUGGGAGAGGCAGAUAAGAAUUUGGGAAACAAUGGUGGGGUAAAUCUGUUUGCUCAAAUGAUUGAUGAUGCUGAGGGAUUAGAAAAAAUUGAGAAUUUACAAUCGCAUGACAACAAUGAGAUUUAUGAGAAGGCUGUAAAGAUUCUUGAGACGUAUUGGUUAGAUGAGGAGGAUGAGACAAUGCCACCUGGCGAUGCUUCUCAACCCGGUUUCCAAUUUGGAGGCAGUGAGACUCCUAAUGCCCCAUCUGGCGGAUUCAAUUUCAGCUAGAGGAGUUUUCACUGCUUGUACUUGGAAGUUCUGAUGAAGUAUGUUGAGAUAAUGUUUGGCUGGUUGUCGUUUGUGGUCCUGUUUGGUCCGGUCUUAGGUGUAUUUGAGUUUGGAUGAUUGACUGGCUUGAAUUUUGAGUAUGGCCAGGUUACCAAGGCUACAGACAAAAGAUACGCAUCUGGAUGUCGGAUGAGUAGGUCAUUGACUGGUACAAUAGGUUCAUUGAAUCAGUCUGUUUUCAGCAAGUAGGUCAUCCGUGGAGAUUGGCUGUCAUAAAACAGAAAAAAAAUAGGUGGUCUAUUUAUAAUUUGUCUGAAGGCUAUCCUGUUGUUGCUUUUACGCAAUUGCCGUUGGAUACUAUGAACGUUUGAGUAUUCUUUUUGUCUACACUGCAAAUUUCUAUUGCCUGGUCAGUCAUUUGUUGCCGUGAAAUUAUGGUUCUAGCAUAGUUUGGGUAUAGAUACUGUCUACCUGUUGUGUGGAAAGCUGUCCAAAACUCCUAUAUUUAUUGCAAAUCUCUUAUCGAUUACGAUCUUUAAAUCAAAAUGCUUUUACCUUUUGUGUCC